AUGACUCCCGCUUUUAUACUCGCCGUUCUGGUAGGUAUCGUUCAGGCUUCUGAGAUUUACAACGUUACUUCCAACUCUACGACUUCGCUAUUAUUCAGUCUCGAUCAGUCUGAAAACGCCAUAGCAGACUUCAAACAAAAUAUCAACAAAAUAAAUGUUGAAAUCAUAGGAGAAUCCUUAUGCCCAGAUACAACAAGAUUUCUCAAAUUCCAACUUGCGCCUGUAUGGGAAGAACUCGGGUCUUCCGAUUACUUGAACAUCACUUAUCAUCCCUUUGGCAUUCCAGGAAAAACAGAAUGUCUGCCAACCAACGACGGAGACUUCACAUGUAGAUGCCAACAUGGGCCUUUAGAGUGUCUUAUGAAUCAGCUCCAAGCUUGCGUAAUAUCUGCUUUACCUGAUUUCAAAGACCAUUUCGCGACCGUUCUCUGCAUGCAAGGUAGAAGAGAUAUGAAGAAAGCAAUCGACGACUGUAUUAUUGGGGAUAAGACAAAUGUCACAAUAGACCCUGAGAGAGUCGAAAUGUGUGCCAUGAGUUCACAAGGACGUCGGCUAAUGGCCGAACACGGAAUCCGUCAGAGCAUAGUUGCUCCACAAGCCAGCUGGGUUCCCUGGAUCGUAGUUAAUGAUCGUAGAGAGAGAGCAGCCGAAUAUCAUUUCAAAUAUUUAUUAUGCAACAAGUUUGUAGAGUACGGAAUAUCACAUUCAUCUUGUAUUUGA